AUGGCAUCAGAACGUUAUUCGUCAAAACUCCUCCUGCUCAACUUCCCCAGCAACUGCCACUCCCGACUUCCAAAGCAAAUUGAAGAAAUACACUCGCCCACCUGCCCAAUUCUCCCCGGGCCAGGCAACCCGCCCUGGAUCUCUGAACUCACCAGUGCCGACCGAAUUGAGCAGGAUCUCUACGAUUACGGCCAUCGCCUCUGGGGGUUUGUCAUCUACCGGUGUACAUACCAGAGCAAUACAGCCUGGACCAAAUUUCUGCGCCGUCUAGUCGCCGACACUGAGGAUGUCCUAGAAGGGGCAGAUGAUCUACUUGAUCAUCUGGCUAUAACUGUCCUCGAGGACCCGGGCAAGUUCGACGGGGCUACUGCAGCGGUGGUUCGAGAGCAUUUCAAUCAGUGGGCAGCGACGGCGGUGGAAGAGGAACAGGGCACCACAGCUCAGGGUCUCGUCCCGGGGCUGGAGGGGUUUCAACGGUAUAGAUAUUGCAUUCAGGUUACGCAGGAUGAAUUGGACUCGGUUCUCGCUGAUGAUUAUGAGAGAAACGGGUUUCUGCGUAUGAUUUGGAGGGAUUGGAAGGAGUAUGAGCCGUUUGAGGAAGAUGGAGAGAGGUUUGAGGAGGAGGAGGAGGAGCCGCUUGAAGGAUGUACCUUGGAAGCGGUUGGGUGGAUGAGGGUUCCGUUUUGGGGUGUGAUGUUUCUUCCUUGGUCUCAUUUGCGGGAUCCGAAUGCUUGGUAUAUAGAGUAUCGUCGGCCGCCGGCGAUUGGUCAUUUUUAG